AUUCAUUGAAUUUUUUUUUUCUCGGGUUACAAUAUCAAUUGACAGCUAAUUAUAUAUAUAUAUAUAUAUAUAAAAUUAGUCUCAUCACGGGUCAGAACUUUGGAGCCCUUUUUGUUCUUUCUUACUCUUGGAAUAAUCCAAAAUUCCUUCCGUUUCCUUCCUUCCUUCAUUCCUCGCCUAUGAGCCUUUCCAAAUCCCCACUCUAUUAAUUACUUGUGCAUAAAUCAAUUCAUCCAGAAAUUAAUCCCUAAGGACUCUCAGAUGACGAUGCAGACGAUUCCUCGAUAUCUCUAACUGCAUUUCGAUCCAGUAAGUAUACAUAUGUAAUUGCUACGGUUCAGUUGUGUUGAGGUUGAGAAAUUGAAUCUGAGGGAGAUGGAGGCCGCCGCAUUGAGCUUGGUGGUUGUGCUGCUAUCGUGCGCGCCGCGGCGGAUUCACUCGGCGCCUCGCCUGGUGAGCAUGACUCUCGUCCGUAAUGCUUCGUCGAUCGGAGCCUAUUGCUUGGACGGAAGUCCGCCGGCGUAUCAUCUGGACCGAGGAUUCGGCGCCGGCACGCGGAAUUGGCUCCUCCAGUUUGAGGGAGGGGGUUGGUGCAAUGAUGUAGAGUCUUGCUGGGAAAGAGCGGCGACUCGACGAGGAUCGACUUUUUACAUGAACAAAAACGAAGUCUUCUCGGGAAUUUUAAGUAACAAUGCCUCUUUAAAUCCAGAUUUUUACAAUUGGAAUCGCGUCAAGUUGCGAUACUGCGACGGAGCGUCAUUUGCCGGAGAUUCAAUUUUUCAAAACAAAACAUCAUUGCUGUAUUUCAGAGGGCAAAGAAUUUGGCAAGCAGUUAUUCAUGAUCUUCUUCCUAAAGGAUUGGAUCAGGCAAAUAAGGCUCUCCUUUCGGGUUGCUCCGCCGGGGGAUUGGCUACCUUUCUUCAUUGCGACAACUUCACAAGUUAUUUGCCAAAAAAUGCGAGUGUAAAAUGUUUGAGCGAUGCCGGAUUCUUCCUCGACGCAAGAGAUAUAAGUAUGAACCAUAGCAUGAGAUACUUCUACAAAAGCCUCGUAUCGCUUCAGGGUGUGGAGAAGAAUCUCAACCCAAAUUGCGCAAGUUCGCCAUUUCCUGAACUCUGUUUCUUCCCUCAAUAUUCGUUGCCGUAUAUUAGGACACCUUUUUUCAUCUUGAACUCGGCCUACGACGUAUUCCAAUUUCAUCACAUAUUAGUCCCUCCGGCAGCCGAUCCUCACGGACAUUGGUAUCAUUGCAAGCAAAAUCCGGCGGCUUGCAACGAAAUCCAGCUAAGUACUUUGCAAGGAUUCAGAAAAUACAUGCUUCAAACUUUGCGAUAUUUCUUCGUUACCGCGACGAGAGGAGGAUUGUUCAUAAAUUCGUGCUUCGCGCAUUGCCAAAGCGAAUUACAAGAUACAUGGUACGCGCCUGACUCUCCGAGAGUUCACAAUAAGACGAUAGCGGAAGCUGUAGGCGAUUGGUACUUCAGUCGACGCAUAAGCUGCAAAGACAUCGAUUGCGCGUAUCCUUGUGAUAAUACUUGCCACAACGAGAUUGGUUGACUAGAGCGCGCAAAUGAAAGUUUUCUUCCCAAGAUUUUGAAAUUAUAUUUAAUGUGUAGAUAUAUAUAUAUAUAUAUGAGGACGGUACUACUAAGGGGCUAGGACAGCUGCUCGAAAUAUAUAUUUUAGUAUAAAAAAUGCUAAAAUUAUGUAUUUUUUUAUUGAUUUGCUCUUCAAUUUUUUAUUUUUUAUUUUUUUAAUAGUGUAAAACACAAUAUAACUUUUAUGUGUUAAUUUGCCCCUCAAUUUAAU